UUUUUUUGCAGAUCGGAACUUCCCCAAAGUUACUCGCUAAUGAAAAACAUAGACUCGAAAUGGGCAAACUUCAUCGAUGGUCUUUGGGAAUAUCGAGGCAACACCAGUAUCGUCCUCAUCGAACACAUUCUCCGGAAGAAUAUGGCCAUCGGAGUCAUCCACGAACCUUCACAACAACUCGUUGGCUGGUUCUUAAUGCAAGAGACAGGAUGCCAAGGAAUCUUGCACGUGACGGAGGAACACAGAGGAAAAGGAAUCGCUCAAGUACUGGUCCGGGAAAUGCAAGAAACCCUUUUGGGUUUGAACCUCGAACCCGUGAGCGUCAUCUUGGACACAAACGAACCCAGUUACCGUUUAUUCAGAAAGUCUGGCUACGACGCUGAGCAUUCCACAUCCCACGCAAUGAGGAGAGCAUCCUUGGAAUCCGGAAAACACGGGGGACUCCUGUUGGUGCAAGGCACUCGCAACGACAGCAUUUCCGGGGACACGCUAAGAACCAAGAAAUGCAUCAACAACAAGGUCACGAAAACUGCGAUUAUCGACGGGAUUUUGCGGGAUUUGAUCGCUGCUCUCGUUUUCACCGAGACACAAGCAAACUUUGAAAAACUGGUCACCAUCUGUGGAUAUAACAGGUCUUCUUCCGUCAUCAUCAUUCACUCGGAUCUG